CACUUGAGACGUUUAAAGCUGCUAAUAUCUCUUAUCUCUUCCUUCGAUUUCCCACCUUACCUCGCCCGGAUAGUUGAGAGAAAAAUGUUUUCUUCCUCAGUCUGCAUGCCGAUUUCACCAUCUUCCCACUCUCUCUUGAAAGCAAAUCACAAUCCUCUUCAGGGAUCGAAACCAUCAUGUUCUCCUUCGAAAAUAAGAGCUUCUUAUUUGACUACUCGAGCUCUUCUCUCAACUACCAAAGAAACAGUGUUGAAGGACUUCCAUGAGCGAAGAGCUCUUAAGAUUAUCUCAGGUUUGCAGAAUUUUAAUAAAGAAAAUGUUGCUUCAGUUGUUACUGCUGCGGACAAGGGGGGAGCAACUCAUGUGGAUAUAGCUUGUGACCCAGAAUUAGUGAAGCUUGCCAUUAUCCUAACUUCCCUGCCUGUUUGUGUUUCUUCAGUGGAACCAAGAGCAUUUCUAGCUGCUGUUGAAGCAGGAGCACAGAUGGUGGAAAUUGGAAAUUAUGAUUCGUUUUAUGAUCAAGGAGUGGUUUUCUCUCCAGAGAAGAUAUUAAAUCUGACAAAGGAGACUAAAAGGAUUCUUCCAUCCGUGACAUUAUCAGUCACUGUUCCUCACACCCUAAGUCUCCCCGAUCAGGUCAAGCUUGCAGAGCUAUUAGAACAAGAAGGAGUUGACAUUAUACAAACUGAAGGAGGAAAGUGUUCUAAUCCUUCAAAAUCUGGUGUUCUAGGUUUGAUUGAGAAGGCAACACCAAGCUUAGCAGCAGCAUAUUCCAUCUCAAGGGCUGUGAAGAUUCCAGUUAUGUGUUCAUCUGGACUUAGUGCAGUUACAGCACCAAUGGCCAUCACAGCAGGGGCAGCUGGUGUGGGAGUCGGCUCAGCAAUUAACAGGCUAAAUGAUGUGGUGGCAAUGAUUGCAGAAGUCAGAAGCAUUGCAGAUUCAUUAGGCAGUUCAGCUGAUAGACGCACCAAAUCUGAAGAAAAAUCUGUGACAUUGUAAUUAGUACAUGUCCUGUGACUUAGGAAGACACUAGUUGAUCAAGGACAGCACGAGCAGAAAAUCAAAAGUUCCAGCGAUUAAACAGAUGCGAGUAUAAUAAAACAACGUAGAAUUCCCGCAUCUAUAAGUUAAGGAGCAUUCAAGACUAUGAGAUAUGAUAGCAAUCAAGAAGAAAUUUGCAACAUUUCAACCA